CCAAGCUUAGCCAGCGGUGGUUUGCAGCCAGCUUCUUCUCGUCCUCUCUAUUGGCUUGUUGACGUUCAUCUUGCCGGAGCUUCUCGAAGAUGAGCGCCCCUGAUGCGGCGGCUCAGGGCACACAACCACAGCAGUCCACGGCAAGCAGUCAACUUACCAAGAAGCUUCAGAAGGCCUUGACGCUGCGCAUCGAUGCGCAAGCGUCCCGCGAUGCCUUGAAGUGUCUUUCGGGCUUCUUCACGGAGAACACCGUCCACACCCGGAGGAACUUGCGCUCCUCCAUCGAGGGCGAGAGCUUGCUAUUGCACAAGGAGUUCGUCCAAUCCUUCGGGGCGCUUGAGAGGCAGCUUGAGAGUCUUGAUCACCUAGUUGGAGAGUUGGAUGGUGCAGUGGAGCGUGCUGCCAGCCAGCUGAAAGCCAGCAGAUCAGAGACUCAGGCAAGCCUUGAAAGAGCCGCGGCACUUCGCAAGGAGGCGGUGUCCAUCAACUUGAAGCAGCAGGUCCUCGACCGAUUCCUGAACCGCUUCCGCCUGUCGGAGGCAGAUACCCAGCUGGUGCGGUCUGGAGAUAAGCCUUUGGAUGAUGACUUCUUCUCCGCCUUCGAGCGCCUGGAGCAGGUACGAGCGAAUGCUAGACACAUGCUCAGCACCAGCGGUCAGCAGACCUCAGGAGUGGACAUUCUGCAUGAGACCUCUGAAAUUCUCGAGGCAUCCUAUGAGCGCAUGUUUGUUUGGGUCCAACAACAGUGCCGCGGACCACGAGACGCAGCAGUGGCUAAGAGCACGUCUGCAGAGUUGGACACUCCUGCAGGGAACGUCCUGAAGCGAGUCUUGAAGCUGCUACGCGAAAGACCUGUCUACUUCAACCAUUGUCUUCGCGACAUUGCACGCGUGAGGAAGCAGGCACUGCAGCAGCGCUUUCUGGAGGCCUUGAGCCAGGGCGAUGCCUUGGGUGCACGGCCCAUUGAGCUACAGGCUGCAGAUCCGGUGCGCUUCGUUGGUGAGAUGUUUGCCUGGCUUUUGGAGCACGUAGUGAUCGAGAAGGAAGCGCUGGGCAGCCUUAUCAGCAAGGAUUCAGAUGCCCAACCGGGUGCUGUCAGGGAGAGAUCGUCUUCAAUGCCCGAAGAGAGCUCGAUGACCAUGGUUAGCUUUGACGAGAUGUUUGACAUUGCUUUGGAUGGUGUGGCUGCAACUUUGGUUGCCAAAACCAAGCAAUCGCUGCAAGCUAAUACCAGCUCGUUGAUGCAUGGUCCUUCAGCGUCCAGCCCUGCCAUAGUCACUGUGUACAAGGUCGCCCAGGUCUUUUCCUUCUAUGCGAAGACCUUGGAGGAGUUGCUUCGAAAGGAAGCACAGCUGGUGGUGACAUGCGUCGAUUUGCAUGCUCGCACCUACCAAGAGUUCUUGGACCUUUGGGAGGCGCAAGCGCAGAAACUGCGCCAGGGAGUUGCGUCGGUGUAUGUCGCAGCUCUGUCAGCACCCUCGUUUGUGGUGGAGGCUGCCAACACAUUGCAAGAGGUGCUCUCCAUCUAUGAGAUGGCACCAGUGCCAGCGGGUGAGCGUGAAGCCGACUUCCUUCCGGUCUUGUCUGCAGCUUUUGACCCCUUGUUGAACCAUUGCCAACAGGUUGCAUCGAUGAUGGAUAGCACCGAUGGCCAGGUGUUCUUGAUGAAUUGCGUCUCCGUGAUGCAAACUCCAUUGCGGAAGCAUGAGUUUACCAAGCAGCGCCAGGAGAUGUACAACGCCUUUGUUCAAGAUCAGUUAAGUAAAUUUGUGGAAGGACAGGCCAAAGCAGUCUUGUCCAAAGUGGGUCUUUCUGAACGCCUCAAAGCACUUCGAGAGAAGCCUCCGGAUCUGCCACUGAGCGGCGUGCCAGAGCUACAUCCGGUCUCUCUUGCUGCAACCCUCAGAUCAUUCUACAACUCCUUAUUUACUCUAGGAGGAGCUUUGUCCCUUCCUCUCCUUGAGCGGAUUGAGGACAGCAAUCUGAGACAUCAAGCACGUGGAGGGGUGGCGAAGCUCAUUGCUUCCUCCUACGAAGAGUUGUACAAUGGGAUUGUGGACUUGGGCAUCACGACUCACACGCCGGACCAGGUUCGAACCUUGCUUGAAGGAGUCUGAGGACUGAUGAGUGAGAGGGCAUUCAGAGGGCGGAUGAGAU